ACCCUUUGACUUUCAAAUCCGGACGCAUUGCCUGCGCGGCGCCCGAGUUUCUGUGACGUACAUGUCUUCCAACUCUUCUUCCACAAGCCUCCGGCCAGCGAAGAAACGAAAAUCACCACCGACUGAAGAGGUCCCCUCAGACGACGAUGAGAGCUCCGGUAGCACGUCGGAGGCGGACGAGCCCAACGAUGAUGCACACGUCCUAUCGCAUGCCGAACGAAGAAGACAAAAAAAGAGAGAAUUAAAAGCUGCCAAGGCAGUCGAAGUAGCAGCCCCCAAAAAGCGCAAACUUGACGACAGCUCAGCGAUCAAAGCGACCAAAACCGCGCCUUCAAGCGAAUCGAAACCAAAACGUGAAAACUCGGUUUGGGUGGGUAACUUGUCGUACAAGACCACCCGUGAUGCGUUGGAGCAUUUCUUUGAUGGCAUCGGCGAGAUCACGCGAGUACAUAUGCCCAAGAGGCCCGUGACUGGAGAAAACUUGGGGUUCGCGUAUGUGGACUUUGCAACAUCCGACGCGAAGAUUACUGCUAUCACGCUUUCAGAGGGUCGAUUGGACGGCCGGAACCUUCUCAUUAAGGAUGGGAGCGACUUUACUGGGCGCCCUGCUAAAAAUUCUGAAGGCAACGGUAACGAGGCUCAUGGUAGUACCAAGUCCGCCCAGACGGGUCACUCGAAGACCACUCAGAAAAUUCUGCAUAUGCAGAAACAACCUCCUGCAUCAACCUUGUUCCUCGGAAAUCUGGGAUUUGAGGUAAUGGAAGACACUAUACGGGAGCUCUUUGAGUCACAUCGAAAUUUUGGGCACGUAAAUCCAAAGGAAAAGGUCGAGGACAAGGACGCCAACGGUGCAGAGUGCGAAGGGAAUGAGACGGGUAUACGGAAGAUACGAAUGGGAACUUUCGAAGACAGUGGCAAAUGCAAAGGGUUUGCUUUUGUUGACUUCACAAGUAUCGAACGGGCUACCAAUGCUCUCAUCAAUCCUCGGAACCACCGAUUGAAGGGGCGAGAUCUGGUAGUGGAAUAUGCAUCCCCUGAUGCUGUGCGGCGAGGUGGAGGCGGUCCAAGAAUAGCCAAACCAGAACAACAGGGUAAGAAGGAUAAGAACCAUAGUAAAGACGAGCAAAAGACAGAGAAUUCGCCAACGAAACGCCAUAAACGCCCGUUGAAACUCGGACAUCGAGAUGAUACCACUGCUUCCACUGCGGAAGACAUAACGGAGUUGGCAACUAUCUCUCAUGAACCUCGAAAGCGGGGAAGCGAGGACCGUGCACAUAGAAGACGUGCGAAACCUGGUGCUGCCCUUGCUCAGGCCCCUCGACAGUCCGCCGCAAUCGUACCUAGCCAAGGCCAGAAAAUCAUGUUCUGA